UCACCUGAAAGUGGAGUACUUUUAAGCGCACGAGUUUUGAGUGGAAGCCCCACUUGUGAGAAAGCAGAAACUGAACGAACACUGAUUACUUGAACUCUGGACCUUCUGGAGAACUUGUUUACAUCUCGCAGAGCAAUGGACGGUAGCAUCAGACCGCUUGGUCUGGCCGGGCACACUUCUUCACCUCUCUCAAUCGGAGGCUUGCAGAUGCCCGCUUCCCUCCUUCGUCCCCCGCCUCUCUUCCUUCGGGCCGCGGCCGCAGCAGUUUGUAAUCCCUCACUGGAGAGAAGUUACCCCAGAACGCCGAAAUGUGCACGGUGUAGGAACCACGGCGUGGUGUCCGCUCUAAAAGGGCAUAAGCGCUUCUGUCGUUGGAGAGAUUGUGCGUGCGCCAAGUGCACGCUAAUUGCGGAGAGGCAACGAGUGAUGGCGGCGCAGGUGGCACUCCGUAGGCAACAGGCUCAAGAGGAGAGCGAGGCCCGUGAGCUCCAGUUUAUGUACAACGGCUCAGGGACAGGAGAGAGUGGAAUCGCCGUGGCAUCAUCUCAAGGAGUAGGCCAACCUGGAAAUACAAAUAACGAACCGAGAGCAAGUUUUAAUGUCUUUGGAGCUAACAACCCGAAGGACGAUGAAAAAAUGCUCAAAUAUAACUUAUACAAUGGAUUCAUGGGUCGAUCCAUCUUUCCGCCUCAUCUCGCAACACUACCUUCUCCAACGGACAAUAACGAGACCUCGACAAGCCAGGAGAAACACCGUGCCUUCGAUAAAGAAAGUGGGAGCCAAUCUCCUGUCUUCGACCAGCGAUCCAACCACACAGAAAGCCCACGGUCGCUGUCAUCUUCGGAUCUCGAAUCGGGAAGUGAGUCGGAGAGGGCCAAGGAAUAUCCUUCUCUGGAGCUUGGUGCAAGCGGCUGCGCGUCGAAGGACCCCACCGACGUCAUGACCAAGAUAUUUCCCCAUCACAAGCGGGAAUCUCUGGAGUCGGUGUUGAAAACUUGCAAAGGUGACAUUGUGAAGGCAAUUGAACUGGUACUGAGCUUCAAAGAUAAUAAUUACAACUCAGAUGGUGUAGGAGUGUCUUUCUCCAUUCACUCAAACGCAUCGAGGCCGAAUAUUGGACUUCCAAUGGGAGUUCUGGGCGCCAUGGGUAACAAGUCUGCAUUUUCCCCGCUCCAAACGCCAACAACUUCCGGGGGUGACACCCUGUACGGGCUCAACCCUCGCUUUGGCAUCAGUCCUUUGCGUCUGGCCUACUCCUCCACAGGUUCUGCCAUACCCAGUUUCAUGUCACCAUACGUGACCUCCGGACUGAUGCCAGGUUUUCCACUGCGCCCGCCGUUGGACUACUCUUUCCCGGGGAUGAUGCGAGAUCUCUCCUACUUACAGACCAAAGACUCUCUGUGCCAUUCUGGUAUUUACUCACGUUUAAACAAUGACAAAUAAAAUGUGCAUGGUAACUCCGCAAAAGACCAAUUUGCGUUAACAGAAACAUAUUCCCUCAUGGACUUUCAUUGCCUCACCGUCUUUUUUUAGAUCUGAACAUUAUUUGAAAUGUGGUGCGAAACGUUUAACUCUAGUUCUAACCUCAUACUUGAUGUUUUUUCGUCUUUGAGCGUUUGUUAAAAUGUAUAAUAAAAACGUAUAUUUUCAAAAGUUUGUGACAAAUAAAGAAUUUCAAAUGAA